AUGCGUGGUGACAAAGCGAGCGACGUGCCGUUGGAGUGUUCGAAGCAUCACCUGCUGUUGAACAACUUCCACAAGGGCAGAGUUUACCAGCAAUGCUGCCCUGCGGCAAGUUUGGCUUGUGCUGGCUGUGUCGAGUAUGAUGCUGCCACGGACUCGUGUUCCGCAUGUGCAUCAGGCUUUGCUCCGUCAAUUUCAAAAGAUGGCAACCAAACAACAUGCAGUCUUUGCAGUGACAUCCCAUGGAUCGACUCUUGGGGCUUUGGCUGCCAAGAUUACGUGGAUGGGCUCUCUUGCGCCUCGGGGCAGACCCAGGCAAACAACAGAAGUGACCACUUGGUUGAUGCCGAGCGCGUGCACGGCGGUAUGUCUGCCAAGGAGGCUUGUUGUGCCUGUGGCGGCGGAAGCCGCAAAGAUGUGCCUUUCAGUUACCCUGCAGUGCACAUUCCAUGUGGAAAGACGGCUGUGUCUGCACUACCCCUCCCAAGACUGGAUGUCAGCUAUGUCACGGAGAACUGCGCAUUCCACAGCAUGAACUUGACCAUGGAUAGUCUCAACGGUCACGUUUUUGGGGAAAUUUCCACCCAUGAACCCCAGUCCAUUUCGUGCGAGAUUACCACCAACAGCCGAAAGGGAGCAGGCGGUUUUGCAACUUUGCAAGUCCACAUCGCACACUUCGCAUAUCCGCAGAGCAUCCUGACCUUUACCGAGCUGAAUCAGAGCUUUGCUCCAAGUUUCCAGGGCACCUACACGGGCUUCCAGCUGCGAUGCACGCCUGAUGUUCCCUGGGCUCAGAUCGACAAGGCCACUGGCCGCAUCACUCAGACACGCUCCAACCCCGUGCCGCGAACUGGUGAGUGCACCGUCAGCGCCAAAGGCUGUAUGGAUGAGGCAUCAGGAAACUGCACGGAGGUGACGCGCUCCACAGAUGUUGUGCUGGUGGCUGGCAACGAGGCUUCAGAGCUCUUUGUUGUGAGGGAGGACCGCACUUGGACAAGAGUGGAUGAGGUCAACUUGACGAUGGGUCGCCCGACAAGUGGUUUCCGCUUGGCGAGCGCGUUGAGCUCGGAAGACUCUGCCUUAAUCGACCCGCCCCUCGCCUACCAUGUGGACUGUGGCCCCAACACAAGCUUCGUGGCCCAGACGGGGGCCUUGUCGAGUAACGGCCUCGAGGUCUUCCACCUUGCCCUAGGUGGAAAGUUCGCUGGCGAGCCUGAG